AUGGCGCCCAAGAAGAAAGGAACCAAGAGACAAGAGGAAGACUGGGAGGCCGAUCUCGGCGAAUCCGCCCCGACUGUGGAUGCUCCCGCUGAGGAGCCUGCGAACAACGAUGAGGGCGAGGACGAGACCGCCGGCGGCGGUGGCCUGAUGGCUGCCCUGCGCAAGAACAAGGCCAAGAAGGCGAAGAAGGGCAAGCCGACGAACGAUUUUGUUGAGGGUGAGGAUGCCGAGUCCGCCCCCGCCGCCAGCAAGGAGCCCGAAGAAGGCACCUUCGAUGAGGACGAUGUCUUCGCGGGAAAGCCCAAGAAGCCUAUCAAGGAUGUCGCCUCGGCCCCUGCUGCUGAGCCCGAGGAGGGCGAGUUCCGCGUGAAGUCAAAGAAAGAGAAGGAGCGUGAGAAGAAGGAACGUGAGAAGCAGCGCAAGAAGGAACAGGCUGCCCAAAAAAAGAAGCUCACUCCCGCUCAACAAAAGGCCGAAGAGGCCAAGUCUGCUGCUGAGGCCAAGAAGGAAGAGCAAGCUGCUGCCGCCGCUCCCGCUGCUGCUGAGCCUGCUGGCAAGGGCCGAAAGCUGCCCAAGCACCUGGCGGCUCUUCAGAAGCAACAGGAACAGCUCCGUCAACAGCGUGAAGAGGAAGAGCGACUCGCCGCCGAAGAGAAGGCCGCCCUUGAAGAGGCCCAGAGGCUAGAGGAGGAGGAAGAGAAGAAGCGGGAGGCCGCCCGCGCGCUCAAGAAAGAGAAGGAGCGUGAGAAGAAGGAGCAACUCCGCAAGGAGGGUAAACUUCUCAGUAAGGCCCAAAGAGAAGCUCAAUUGCGCAAUGAGAUGCGCAUGAAGCAGAUGCUUGCUUCUGGCGUCCAAGUCGCCGGCUUGCAGGAAGGUGGAGCCGAGAAGAAGCGCCCGGUCUACGAGAACAAGAAGAAGAAGGGUGGCAAGAAGCAGGAGGAGGACCUCGAGGCUGCCGCUGAGCGUGCCCGUGCUCAGCGUGAGGCCGAGGACGCCCGCCGCCAGAAGGAGGCCGAGGAGAAAGCCAAGGCCGAAGCUGCCGCUGCCGCUGCCGCUGCCGCUGCUCCUGCUGAGGACGACGAUGCCGUUGACGACUGGGAGAAGGCUGCUGCCGAGGAGGAUGAUGUGAAGGAUAGCUGGGAUGCCCCCAGUGAUGAGGAGGAAACCGCGCCUGCCAAGACUGAAGCGAAGACUGAGAAGCCCGAAGCCUCGAAGGAGGAGUCUGAGGAGGAAGACUCUGACGACGACUCCUCUGACGAAAGCUCUUCCGAAGAUGAGGAGCGGUCUGCCAACCAGAGGGCUAUUGCUCAAAGGAAGGCUGAGGCCGCCGAGCGACGGAAGAAGCAACACGAGGAGGCCCUGGCAGCCCGCUCCAAGGACGAUCUUCGCUCGCCCAUUUGCUGUAUUCUUGGUCACGUCGAUACCGGAAAGACCAAGUUGCUGGAUAAGAUCCGUCAAACCAACGUUCAAGAAGGCGAAGCCGGUGGUAUUACCCAGCAGAUUGGUGCUACCUACUUCCCUGUCGAGGCUUUGAAGCAGAAGACCAACGUUGUGAACAAGGAUGGCAAGUUCGAGUUCAAGGUGCCUGGUCUGUUAAUUAUCGAUACCCCUGGUCACGAGUCCUUCUCCAACCUGCGUUCGCGUGGUUCCUCGCUCUGUAACAUUGCCAUUCUUGUUGUCGAUAUCAUGCACGGUCUCGAGCCCCAGACCCUUGAGUCGAUGCGUCUGCUGCGUGACCGCAAGACUCCCUUCAUCGUGGCUUUGAACAAAAUUGACCGUCUGUACGGCUGGAAGAAGAUCGAUAACAACGGGUUCCAAGACAGUCUGGCUAUGCAGAACAAGGGUGUCCAGAACGAGUUCCGCACUCGUCUUGAUGCCACCAAGUUGGCUUUCGCCGAGCAGGGUUUCAACUCGGAGUUGUUCUACGAGAACAAGUCCAUGGCCCGCAAUGUUUCCCUGGUUCCUACCUCCGCUCACACUGGCGAAGGUGUGCCUGACAUGCUCAAGCUCCUGACAUCUCUGACCCAAGAGCGUAUGACCAACUCCCUGAUGUAUCUCUCUGAGGUUGAGUGUACCGUUCUGGAAGUGAAGGUGAUUGAGGGUCUCGGUACCACUAUUGAUGUGGUCCUGUCCAACGGUAUCCUUCGUGAGGGUGAUCGCGUGGUUCUUUGCGGUCUCAAUGGUCCUAUUGUAACGAAUAUCCGUGCAUUGUUGACACCCGCACCGCUCAAGGAGCUGCGCCUGAAGUCCCAAUACGUCCAUAACAAGGAGGUUAAGGCCGCCCUUGGUGUUAAGAUUGCUGCCAACGACCUGGAGCACGCUAUCGCCGGUUCUCGUCUUCUUGUCGUCGGUCCUGAUGACGAUGAGGAGGAUCUGGAGGAAGAGGUCAUGUCCGACCUGGAGAAUCUGCUUAGCAGAGUCUCCACCGACAACCGCGGUGUCACUGUCCAAGCUUCCACCCUGGGUUCACUUGAGGCCCUUCUGGAAUUCCUGAAGGUCUCCAAGAUUCCUGUGGCCAACAUCUCUAUUGGACCUGUCUACAAGCGUGAUGUCAUGAUGGCAGGUACCAUGCUGGAGAAGGCCAAGGAGUACGCAGUCAUGCUGUGCUUCGAUGUCAAGGUCGACAAGGAGGCCGCCGCGUACGCUCAGGAUGUCGGUGUCAAGAUCUUCACUGCCGAUAUCAUUUACCACCUGUUCGACAACUUCACUGCCCACAUGACUGAACUGGCCGAGCAGCGUAAGGAGGAAAGCAAGAUGCUUGCUGUCUUCCCCUGUGUUAUUCGCCCUGUCGCCGUCUUCAACAAGACAUCUCCCAUUGUAAUCGGUGUCGAUGUCAUUGAGGGUAGCUUGCGCCUCCACACCCCUCUUGCCGCCGUGCGAACGAACGCUUCAGGUGCCAAGGAGAUUGUCCCCAUUGGCAGAGUAACUUCCAUCGAGCGUGACCACAAGGCCAUUCCUAUCUGUAAGAAGGGUCAGCCUUCCGUCGCCGUCAAGGUUGAAGGUGCUAACCAGCCCAUGUACGGCCGUCACCUGGAAGAGAAGGACCAGCUUUACUCUGCGAUUUCCCGUGCCAGUAUCGACACCCUUAAGGAGUUCUACCGUUCCGAUGUGACCAUGGAAGAAUGGGCUUUGGUCAAGAAGCUGAAGCCGCUCUUCGACAUUCCUUGA